UUAGGAAGAUUUUUCUGUCAUUUUAGGGAUAUUACAUUCUUCAUGAGAUUAAACUGACCUAAUUGUUAUUCAUAUGCAUCAUUUGCACAAGUGAAAGCAAAAUUUGAUCACUCCAUAUUCAUAAAUUUAUGCUGUGGUUUGAGGAAUGAAGAUUUCGUAGUAGUUGUUAUCCUCUGCUAGUCAACCAUGUCUCACACAAGAUAUGAAUAUUUUCUUUGUUCUUUUUUCCUAGUGGGUUGAGAAACCAAGAUUUCAUGAUAGUUGUUAUCCUAUGCUAGUCAACCGUGUUGCACAAAAGAUAUGCAUAUUUUCUUUGUUCUUUCUUCCUAGGUUCAUUUUUCUUGUACAACUCGAUGCUUCUUUUCUGUUCUUCAUUGUGUGGUCCUGAGUUUUCAUUGCUACAUGGCUAUUCUAUUUAAUAACCAUUAUUAAUCUUUAUUCACUUUAUCUGGCCCUUGGCUUAUUCAGUAUGAUCGGUCCAUACUACCCCAGAGUUUACUCAAUUUCUUGUCAUCAAAGCUGAAGCUGAUCAACUUGUGAUUUCUAAGAAAGCCUGUUUGUAUUCUACUGGUCCUAGUCAAUUAUCGGUGGCUUGUAGUGUAGAAGGAACUUAAGUUUGAUUUUCUCUGUCCUCCCUGGUGCCAUGUUGUCAAAUCUUAUUUUUUUUCUGUGCAGGCAAAACUUUCACUACACCAUGUAACUGCACUCGGCGUGACAAUGCUUCAUCCUUGUUCCUGUUGAAUCAUCCACUGGAGGCACAGAAUGACCAGAGAUUGGUUACAUGGUGAAGUUUUGAAGGCUGUCUUCCCUUUACUUGAUGGCAAGGACCUAGCUUCAUGCAUGCUGGUAUGCCAUCAUUGGAGAGAUAUUGCUAGGGAUGAAUACCUUUGGAAAUGCAUCUGUGCCAAGAGAUGGCCUUCUAUAUGCAAAAGACCACCUCCAGCCAUAAGCUAUUACAAGCUUUUUGUAACCUUUUCCAGGUCCCAAUUCAAUCAGUCUCUUCCCCCUGCAAGACUAUCCUUCGAUGAUUUGGAAUUUUACAUCGAUGUCUGGUUGGAACAAACAUUGGUAUUCUCUGAAGCAGUCUCGGGCGCUGCGCUGACGACAGGGAUAAAGAACCCACUUGUCGAUGGUGCUGAUUACAAAAUGAUAAUGCAAGUGGAACCAAGGUUCGCUCUCUCUUUGGGGCAGAGAAUCAGUGUGUCUGUUCUCCUGGCCCGCAAAGACACAAACGAGAUGGCAUGCAUCAUAAACCAAUCAGUCUUUGAGUAUGUGGAUGCUAAUGCUUUUCAAGCACUCGCCUACGACUAUCUAAGAUUUUCAGCUGGACAUCCAUUCAUAUCUGGGGUCAGGGCUUGGGUGUCCUUGCUAUUUAUGGCGAAUAGCUACAACAAUGUCGUAGAUGUUUUUGGCAUCAAGAUAGAUUUUUGUGAUGCUGCAAACUCUGAGAAUGAAGUCUUGUGGCUUCUAGACAUGCUAGACUGGAAAUGAAUGUCUCAGAUCUACGUCUUCUGUUGAGUGUAAACCGGUACAAUCAUCAAACUAUGUUUCCGAGUGUCAGCGGAAAUAAUAUACAGUAUAUGUGGCACAUAUUUCUUUUUA